AUGAGACUCCGAAAUGCUAUUAUUCUGUUGGCCACGAGCCUCCCAGCCGCUUCUGCCUCGAGUUCGAAGCCAGAGUCUGUUGGUCCAGUGAGCCAAGAGGAACUAAUUGAUUCCCGCAGCGCAAGCAGAGGUGCAAGCAACACGUUCAAGCGUGAGACCAAUGGAAUUACAUACAAUGUCUACGAACAUGCUGCAACAAAUUCCACUCUUGAUAUUGUCGAGGACAGCGGUGUCUGCGAGACCACGCCAGGCGUCAAGACCUACUCUGGUUACCUCUCGGUCGGGACGAACAUGAGUAUGUGGUUUUGGUUUUUCGAGGCUCGCAACAAUGCAACAGCCGCUCCUCUUGCUCUUUGGCUCAAUGGCGGUCCCGGAUGCUCAUCGAUGAUCGGGUUGUUCCAGGAACACGGUCCAUGCCACUUUGUCAAUGGCAGUGAUGAGCCAAGCCUGAAUCCAUAUUCUUGGAACACAUACGCCAACAUGCUCUACGUGGAUCAGCCUAUCGGUACCGGGUUCAGCUUUGGUGACGACCAGGCCACCUCCACUGUCACCGCUGCACCAUUUGUCUGGAAGUUCAUGCAAGCUUUCCUCGAAGCAUUCCCAAGGUACGAAAGCCGUGAAUUUGGACUGUGGACAGAAAGCUACGGCGGGCACUACGGCCCUGAAUUUGCGGAAUACUUCCAGAACCAAAACAUGGCCAUAUCCAAUGGCUCGAUCAUUGGCGAGGUGAUCCAACUCGUCGCUCUCGGCAUUAACAACGGGUGGAUCGACCCAAUCAUCCAAGAACAGGCUUAUAUAGAUUUCGCGUACAAUAAUACCUGGCGUGCACUCAUCAACGAUACUCAAUAUAACCAAAUGCAAGAGGCAUACGAAACACAGUGCCUCCCGCUUCUACAGAAGUGUCCUGGUCUGGAGGGAACCGACGCGGCAUGCUUGGAUGCUGAUAAUGCGUGCUACGACUUGGUUGAGGGCGUAGUUGAGAAUGGUGCAGUCGACUUUGACGUCUAUGACAUUCGCCAGCCGAGCGUCGAUCCGUUUCCUCCGGAAACAUACGUUGCUUACCUGCAGAGGCCAGACAUUAUGAAAGCGAUAGGCGCCCAGGUCACCUAUGGGGAGUGUCCAGACGAGCCAUACUACAAAAUAGCAAAUACUGGUGACGAUGCACGGUCGUUUCUGGACACUCUUAGCACGGUCGUUCAAUCUGGCAUCUCGACCUUGAUCUGGGCUGGCGACGCUGACUGGAUAUGCAACUAUCUUGGAAAUGAGCGCUCCGUUGAUGAGAUUGAAUACAGCGACUCGGCGAAAUUUCGAGCAACCGCGCUUCAGGAAUUCGUGCUGAAUGGCACAAAAUCUUACGGACAAUUCAAAACAGUCAGCAACCUGAACUAUUUGAGGGUCUAUGCGGCGGGCCAUGAGGUUCCCUACUACCAACCUGAGGCGUCCCUGUGGGUGUUCAAGCAGAUAAUGCAGGGACUGCCUUUGCACUCGCAACAACUCUAG